CAGGUCGAGACUAGCACGAGAAAAAGAUAACGUUAUCUACCUGAAUUUAGACUACCUUGCGAUAAACAAUAUAAGUGAAACGGGGCGUUGGUCGCGUCACUUUGUUUAAAUCUAUCAAAGGUAACUAAAGUAAUUACCACUGCUUCGUAACCAGGAUACGAGCUUGUUUAGGGGAGAGGGUAGUCUAAAGCAAAACAGGACCACGGCUGAUGGCGACAGGGACUGCCCCACAGUCCUGCGUGUUGGGCAUGUAGUCAGUUGGGACCUCCUCUUCAACAUUAACAGCCGUUAUCCUCUUUGUAAAUAUCUACCAGUUCUGAAAAGAUGACAGAUGCUGAACAACCGAAACCAGUCGAGGAUUUUCUCUUUAAAGGGAAAAGAUUGGAUUGCAAAAAAAAGAUUUUCGGUAAAGGUUUUUUCUUGUUUGACGGAUAUUGGAAGGAAAAUGAAAAUGCAGGUGCUGAAAAGGAACGCGUGAAAUCGAAAACUUCUUAUCUAAUAAAAGAAGUUGCGGUAAGAAGAAUUAAAAAUGAAGACUGCCUUGAUGGGUGGAAAGAUGUGGCCGACAAGCUCGUCAAGGGCAACCUGAAUCACAAUAAUAUCCUACGAGUUUUCGGUUAUGAGGAGGACGUGGCCAAUGGAUGGAGGUAUUUUGCCCUAGAACCAUACAGUGCCACGUUAUACGAAUAUUGCAAUGGCAAGUACAAGGGAGCCAUGCCAAAUGAAUCGCAAGUUCUUUAUCAAAUUACCAACGGCGUCAACUAUCUGCAUGGCAAAGGAAUUGUACAUGGCGAUUUAAAUCCGUUAAACGUCGUCAUUGCUGCCCAGUCCCUUCCUGUGCGCAUGAAAAUUUCAGAUUUUGGAUGGAGCAAAUUCAGUUAUAGCAAACAGCUGUUGGAAAUAAAAAACCUUUCCUCUGAAGUGAAACUCUGUAUGAGAAAGUAUUGGACACUGUCAGAGGAAACUAACUCGCUGGAAGGCAUCGAAGACGCCACCGAAGAUGUCAUUGCAGCUGGAUGCAUUUUGUUUUAUUAUCUAAAGUGUGGCAAACACCUUUUUGGUAAUGACUUUGAGUCAAUCUUGAUAAACCUCAAGGAAAAGAAUUCAGUCAAUUUAGAAAAUUUGGGUAAAAAACACUUUGCUUACGAGCCCAUCAAAAAUAUGAUAAAUCCCCCACGAAAAGGAUUCAAUUGGUUACAAGUAGCAAAUGAGGAAUUUAAAGAAGCCCUUUCACGCAAGUCAAGAAUUUCCGUUUCGUGUAUAGUUUAAGUAAUCAUUUUCUAAAAUGUAAUUAAUUUUUUGAUUAAAUUUGCAGUCCAAGUCAACACCAGCAAACUACUUGGUAGUGGAUUUUUUGGACAAGUGUUCGAGGGAAAAUUUAACGGCGAUCCCGUUGCAGUCAAACAAAUGCCAACGACAACAGUUGAAAAAGAAAUUAUUCAAAGAGAAAUGAGUACACACAUAGAAUUGA